AUGGCGGUGCUGCGCGUGCGCCACUGCCGCGCGCUGCUGUACUGCCGGCGCGUGCCGCCGCGCUGCCCCGCGUGCGGCGGGGACCUGCGCGCCGCCGGGCUGGCCGCCGCGCCCGUCCGCCUGCACUGCCCCUUCCGGCACGGCCACGGGCAGCCCCGCGCCUUCCUCAUCAGGCCCACGCGCGGCACCUUCCUGGACGGCUACGACGGGCGCUCUGACCUGCACGUGGGCAUCACGGAUUCCCGGGGGGUGGUGUACAGCUACGACCAGGAGGGCGUGCACAGGGACGGCAGCGGCUGGGAGCAGUGCAUCUGUGUCCCCCUGCUGCAGCCUGACAUGGGGGAGCUCCUGCAGCAGUGGGACCAGCUCCUGGAGGAGUUCUCCCGGGAGGAGGCCUGGCUCCCUCACAGGUACGAGGAGCAGCAGCACAACUGCUACACCUUCGCCCUGGCCUUCAUCAACCGCGUGCGGCAGGGCCGGGGCGGGGCCGCGCUCAGCAAAGCCGAGUUCACCGAGCGCUUCCUGCUGGCCCGCGCCAGGGACGCCUCCCGCUACCUCGGCCUGCAGCAGCAGCUGGCUCACAGCGACGUCUGCAUCGUGCCCGUGGCUGAGCAGGAGCAGGAGAGCGGGGCUGGAAAGCACAGCCUGCUGCUGGAGUAGCGAUGGGAGAGGAGGGCCUGGGGCUCCACCUCAGGGGUUAAGGUUUAAUGUGGUUAAACACCAUUAACUUCACCCCGCAGCUCAGGGAGGAGCAGGGUACUGAGCUUGUGCAUUUCAGGGAAGUUACACACACACACACACACGGGAACUGUUCCUGGGGAAAAAUGUUUUGUGAUUUAACAUUCACUGUCUGCUCUGCUCUGCAAAGACACUUCACACCAGAAAUCAGAACUGCUGUGGAAUUCAGGGCUUUACCAAUGAGCUGUGGGAACUUCAGCUGCAGCAAACCAAAAUGGCCUUUUCUGUCACAUUUGUUUACUGAUGAGUGAAUAAAGGGAACCUGUGUUUGUGUGCUGCUAAAUCCCAUCCCUGUAUGACUGCUAAUUUCCUUUUCUUUAAUUAUUAAUAAAUGUACCAACAAAUAAAUCCA